AUGAUACCGUCAUCCUGUAAAGUGCUACCUACAGACUCAUCCAAUCUUACAGCACUUCCAGCUUCUCCAGCACCCAUACUUCCUGUCAGUUAUCACCUGUCAAAUACCCGCUUGGCCUUUUUCUUGAAAGAGGCUGGGCCUCCAUUAAUAUGGAAUUCAAGCACCCCCUUACUACAACGCUCAGAGCCAUUUGUGGUUUUUAAAACAAAGGAAUUACCAAUUCUGAAUGUCACUUUGGGGCCUUUUGGGGCAGGGCAGGUGCUACCAAAGGAAUUACUGCAACCAUCAAGCACCUUGGAAGUUCCUGACCAGCUUACUGUCAACUGGAAAGUAAGAAAGUACAUUAUUCACACUAGAAUACCUGCCAGUCAUCCAGUGGUACAAGUGCUCUUUUAUAUUGCUGGAAGGGAUUGGGAUGAUUUUGGGGUCACAGAACGUCUUCCCUGUGUCCGGCUUCAUAUUCUUCGGAAAAUGAAGGAGAUCAAAAGUUCCUGCCGUUUGCGCGGGACUCUAGCUACUUGUUUAGCACAAGCUGUGCUCCCUCAUGACUGGUUUGGAUCCACAGCUGAUCCUCUGAGACUUAGGAAAUCUACACCUGAUGGAGCUGAAUAUAAUGGAGAGAGCCAACAAGUGGAAUUAUCCUAUACUUUGCAUGCCCCAGAUUCUAGUGGAGGAUGCCAGAAUGAACAAGGCACACGUAGAGGAGGUGAAGUACCAACCCAACAUCAUCUUUUCUCUAUUGGAACUAUCAGCCUAUACCAACCUGUUCAGGUAGAACAGAUGCAGGAGCAGCAGCUGGAUACAAAUAUAUUCAUCAGGCUACCAGAUCGGCCAUUAAGACCAGGAGAAAUCCUUAGCAUCAUGCUGUAUUUAGCAGCCAACUCCAGUGCUGAACGCUUCACUCUCAGGGUCAAGGCAAAGAAAGGAAUAAAUCUACAGACUACCAGAUCCAUGGAUUCUCUAUGGUUAGUAAACUCAGAGCUCCUGACAGGGGGGAAACACUCCACCGCUACAGUGGAAGUAUCAAGAGUGGAAGGGUUCACAUACAGGAGUGAUGAUGCCCCUUAUCAGAUAAUGCAAUUGGAUUUUGAAAUGGAGAAUUUCACCAGUCAGUCUGUCACAAGACGUAUAAUGUGGCACUUAGACUACAAGGGAAAAAAUCCUCCGCCUGACCUGGAGAAGGCAGUGACUGAGCUAACAGUGAUACAGAAAGACAUCCGAGCUAUCGUCCCUUUAGCAAUGGACACAGAGAUCAUUAACACAGCAAUUCUGACAGGUCGAACAGUAUCCAUCCCUGUUAAGGUUCUGGCUAUUGAGACUAAUGGAGCUAUUACAGAUAUUGCUUCUCACGUUGAGUGCAAAUCCAGUAAUGAGGAUAUAAUCAAGGUUUCAAACAGCUGUGACUAUGUGUUUGUGAAUGGAAAGGAAACUAGGGGAUCAAUGAAUGCACAGGCUAUAUUUAGCUAUGGACAUCUGCAUGCACCUCUUGAAAUGACAGUGUGGGUGCCCAAACUUCCGCUGAUCAUUGAAUUGUCGGAUUCUAAACUGAGUCUGGUGAAAGGGUGGCGAAUUCCUAUCAUGCCAGAUAGAAGUAGGUCUGUGCGUGACAGUGAUGACGAGGAUGAUGAGGAUGAAGAAGAUAGGAAGCUAAAUCGUGGAUGCACCUUACAGUAUCAGCAUGCCACCCUGCAGGUUUUUACUCAGUUCCACACCACUUCUGAGGACACAGGCCAAGUUGCCACCAUGCUGGGCCGUGAUUGUUUGGUGGAGGUUACUGACCUUGUCAAACAUUACAUGCAGGUGGAGAACCCUCGAAUAGUUGAGAAGGUUGAUAGUAAUAUCUUAGCUGGACGCGAGCCUGGUACCACGAUGUUCAAAGUGAUGUCCCCAUUAAAGGAUGCAGUCUUGGGUGAGACUCCAAUUACUGUGACAGUGGAGAAGGUCAGCAUUACUGAACUGAAUGCACAGGUGGUUUCAGGCUUGUCACUUUCUCUCCAUCCUAGUGCUGGGAAUAGCCACACCAUAAUAGCAAAGACCAGUGUCCAGUAUAUGCUGACAUACCCAAAGCAGGAAGCCUUAUUGAAUCUCUGGCUUACAUUUAGUGAUGGAACCUCAGCUCCACUUUUAUUGUAUGAUCCAAAAGAUUAUACACUAGCUCUAACAAGCUUGGAUGAAAGAGUGGUUUCUGUGAGCCCUGAGCGUGCAUUCCCCCUUUUGGUAGCUGGAGAGCAGCAAGGAACUGGAUACCUCCUGAGGGCAGAAAUGAUAAUUAAUGAAAGCUGCCAAAAAAUGAAAAAGCGCAAGAGUGUUUUUGCUACAGCAGCAGCUUCAGUACAAGUACAGUUUCAUACAGAUGAACAAGGAAAUGAAAAUGAACCAGAGCCUGUGGUGAGUGUGGGUCCUAUAUAUGUACCUGGACAAGAAAACAAAGAUAUAGUGGACACAACUUCUAUUACACCCCUCUCAACACCAGUUGAAGAUCACAGCUCACUGGGCUCUGGGGAAUUUCCAUUACCACUGCCCACUGUCUUUCCUCAAGGAACCAGAGGGUUGACUGACCUAGAAAUUGGAAUGUAUGCUCUUCUUGGUGUUUUCUGCCUUGCCAUUCUUGUCUUUCUUAUAAACUGUAUUGUCUUUGUUCUAAAAUAUCGUCACAAGAGGGUGCCACCAGAGGGCCAAGCUAAUCCUGAUCACUCACAUCACUGGGUCUUCCUUGGGAAUGGACAACCACUAAGGGCACGAGGGGAACUAUCACCACAACCUGAAAGCCCUGGCAACCCAUUAGAGCCAGGAACAUUACCUCCUCAUCAUGCUUCCUGCUGUCGAGGGGAGGCCAGAGGAAGUAGCAGCAACAGCAGUUCUCAGGCCAGUGUUCAGAGCCAAUCUCAUGGACGUGGGGAUGGCUCUUCAGGUGGAGGUGGCUCUAGUCGAGAAGCUAGUGAAGACCCCCUCAGUUCUUCACCAACAUCAAAACGUAAACGGGUGAAAUUUACUACCUUCACCAGUUUGCCCAGUGAAGGAAGUGUGUAUGAUGCAGUACCAGGGGCAGAGGAAAAUGAUUUAGAGUGGGUUUGCCGGGAUAUGGGACUUCGAGAUCCUCAGGAGCUUAGAGACUACAUCAGGAGAGUUAGAGAGAUGGCAUAGCCAUGGGAUAUCAUGGGGCUGUUGUGAUGGACACAAUUAAAAAACAUGCACCCAUGAGUACUGCUGCUUCCUCCCAAACAUAAGCAAUGAGAUAAAAAGUCUCCUUUGUCUCCUUUGUAUUCAACCCCAUACACUGCUACUCACUCCUUUUCCUGCCACCAUAUCAUUAGCAUUACCUUUCCCUUCUCUCUUCUCAUUUACACUUACCCAAAAAGCAUAUACUCCCAUUCAUAAAAAGGAGCAUGUUGCCUAUCUAAGUCACUACAUUCUAUGUGACAGAGAAAUACAUGCAACUUUGGCUCCAACAUGCCAAACUAUUUCAUGUUUUAUAAAAGUAAAAUAAGUCCUCGUUUGUGACAAGGUUCAAAGGAGGGCAGAUUCUUUAUUCAAAAUGUAAUCACCACUAACCAGAUCUAGUUCCAACGCUAUAUUUCUAAGCAAACAACCAAGAUAAUUCCAUACUGGAAGACAUUAAUAAGACAAUUUUGGAUGUCUGCAGUAUAUACAAAUACAAUAUUUUCAUGUUGUGUCUUAAGAACUGUAGCUUUGAAUCUAAAUGGUACAGUGGUACAUCAGUCACUUUGGAGGUUAUGACUAAAAUAAGAAAUAAUUGGAGCAAAAUGCAGGCCACAGUGAAAGUUUUCAAGGUGGUGAAAUAGAGGUGAAAACUUAAGCAAAGGUUCAUCUGACAUCAACUUUAAAUACACAUUGAAUUUUUUUUAUUACUUGCUGUUAGGUUGUAAAAGCAGAAUCUUCAGAUAUUACAAGUUAAUGGUUGCUUAAUAACUGUGGACAGCUAGCAGUAAAACUCUAUGAAUGUAUGCUUACUAAAAAUUGAAAUGGUCAAAAGCAACAGAAAAGAAACAGCCACUAAAAUGUGACUAAAAUUGUCUCAGGGGAUAUGGGGAGUUAAUUUUCAGUAGUCUAAAUGACUACUUAGAAGUAUGACAUGUAUAAAACUGGACAAACUUUCAGUUGACACAAAAAAUAACCAGGUAAAAGAUUUGGUACAAGGUGUUUAUCUUAAUUUCAUGGCUCUAUUUCUGGACAUAUGGAUACAAAGCCAAAAACCUGCUAAGGAAUUUCUGUCCAGUUUGCUUUUGUUAUGUCACUUUUCAGAAUUGAUAAUAUUGAAAUAUUCUAUUGUUGGAAAAUGAAUAUUCUUUAAAAAAAAAUAUAUCUGUUAGUUAAACUUUCCAAAAUGGAAUCCUUGAUUCUAUGAGUCAGUGUUUCACAAAUUGGGAGUUAAGUCUGAAGAGUUCUUUAUGAGGAUUUCUUCAAACACAUCCCUAAUAUUUGUAUACAUCACUUUAUUUUAUUAUAAGGAUCUUUGUUUAUUUCCAGAUCGCCAGGAAGUUAUUUCUAUAUUUUCAAUUUACUAAAUCCUUAAUACCAUGCAGAACUGUUUACUCGUAAGAAAGCUAGCUUUUUAUUUUAUUACUUUUUUGGGCUUUCUCGUACAAUUUAUAAAGUCGGAUGGCAGAUGAACACUCUCCUGGGGCAUAAAAACAAUAAAGACUGUACUAGUUUGUGGAGAUCAGUUAUAACAGUGAUAACACAAGCAAACAAUGCUAUAGGGAGAGCGUUUUUCCAACAAAAUGGAUGGGUGCAAAGAGUAUUAUUCUUAUAUAAGACGUGUAUGUCUUGAAUUUAACCACCUUUUUGUCAAAUUUUUCCUAAAUCAAUAAAUAUGAGGAUAAAAUUUGGCAGUGCACCAAAGCCAAAA